CGCGCCGAUAUGGGGGAUGUCCAUGAGGUGCCGCGGCGGCGCAUCGCCACCGGCCACCUGGCGCAGCACAUCGGGCAGCCCGUCUGCUUCGUGGGGCGCGUCGAGAAGAUUCAUCCUACUGGGAAGCUUUUCGUGCUUUCGGAUGGAGAAGGAAAACACACGACUGUGGAGCUGAGCGAACCACUAGAUGAAGAGAUCUCAGGAGUUCUUGAAGUAGUGGGAAGAGUAACAAAUCAGGCAACCAUCAUGUGCAUGUCAUAUGUCCAGUUCAGAGAAGAUAAAAGUCCAUUUGAUCUGGAACUCUACAAUGAAGCACUAAAAAUUAUUCAUGAAUUCCCUGAAUACUUCCCAUUCGGUACUGGGAGGAACAAUUGAUUUUUCUUAGCAUAUAUUCUGUGGAUAUCUCCCUGUCUGUAUAUAUUUAAACCUUUUGCAUCGAUGAGGAGUGUUCUCUUGCAGGAUUGUACUUGCUAGAAACUGAAGCUUUGUAGGCGUCUUUUUGUUGUUGUUGGUAGAGGUUCUAGGACACUUUAGAGGAAACUUGUCUUGAAGACAUUUGGUGGGGUUUUAAUGUAAAGAUUUUUAAAUUUCGUUUGCUUUGAUACAAAUUUAUCGAACAUGGGUAUUUUUGCAUCUUGAAAAUGGACUCUUCUCCAAUAAAAAAGAUGGGACUACA